AUGGCACACCACAAGGUGUCUCACCCAAUCUCCGACCUCCAACUCAUCAAGAUUGCGAUGGACGGGUUCAUGGACAUGCUUAGAAACGGCGAACUGUACGAAGUUGGCAAGAAGGCUCUCCCCGGAGUACUGACAGCUUUCUACUUCGACAACCAAAUCAUUCUGGCUAGCUCACAAAAAGGAGGAAGCGCUCUUACGUACACUCAAGGCAAUGGCUUGGACGAACUGGUCAGGGCCUGCGUCCACCCUGACGACAAGUCGAAUCAAGCCAAGUGCGGAGAGAUGAGCGCUUUGCAAACCUUCAAACACCUGUAUCCCACAAAACCUAUCCGUGCGCAAAAUAUCGUCACCGUUACCGUCAGAUGUGGUAAUGAUGAAGUAAGGAACAGCAACGUUUACAAAUGCAAAGAAGAAGACCUUGAAGUUUAUUCUCCUUGUAAUCCACCCCAAGGCGGUGGUUGCGAAUUGUUGAUUGGCCCUAAAAAGCUCAUCGAGAGACACAUCCCCCCCACUACCUGGACAAACAACGGAAACGCGGCUGUUACCUACUCUAAGAAUGGCUGGGAAACGACACCUCUAGAUCGAUUAUCUCUUGCGGCUCCGGCGCAACAAUGA